AUGCAGUAUAACCACACACCACUCCUGUUUUCUUUGCAUAUCACUGUCUUCUCUCCCAGUCGCUCGAACUGCCUCGGCUAUUGUAAGCGCCACCAACAGCCAACCCAUCGACCAUCUUCUACACCGCUUCCAGAUUUGAACGCACAUCGAUUCUCCUCGCUCGGCUCUCGUAUUCGACCACAAGACAUACCAUCUUUCGAUAUCGACGUUCUUUCUGUUGUCGUCCUCGGAUACAUUGCUCCAGAAGUUCGUCCAAGCUCUCCCGUCCUGAUGGUGCACUGCAUCGGUGUCCCUAUUCCUUGCGUUCUUCACUAUCGUAUGUUCCUCUAUACACUCGGCCCUACUCUCUAUUCUCGUCGUAUUCUCGGCCUCGCCAACUUGGCUCAGCCGUACGCUCUACGACCCAACAUCAUCUCCGUCGCCACUUUACUCCCGCUAUGCGAGACACGGGCGAUGGCUUAG